GUUUCUUAAGACACUUCGACGGACAAAAGAGUUGCAAGGAUGAAGACCAUCUUGGCUGUUGGCUGCCUCUUCCUUAUCGCGGCGGUGGUACGUGCUGAUGAUAACGAUGCAAUCAUGGAAGCAGUCAAGGAACAGACAGACGCUUGUGUCGAAGAGCUACAAAUUACGAAAGAGGAUAUAGAGAAACUCCUUAAUAACGAUGUAGAAGACGACCUGAGAGAGAAAGCGGGUUGCUUGAAGGCUUGCGUGAUGAGAAGCACGGGCAUAUUCGAGAAUGGUGUGAUAAAUAUAGACAACGUCCAAAAGAUGUUGGAGAAGGCGUUCCCUGAAUCGCCUGCAAAGAUAGCCGAAAAGUUAGACAUUACGCGCCAAUGCAUCGAAAAAGUUAAAGACAUAACCGAGGAAUGCGACUUAGCCUACAAUUUCUGCAAAUGCAGUACAUCUGUGUAAGGGUGAAGAAUGAGCGAUUUUACCUCGAAACGUCAACGA